UUUCAGGAGAAAUAAACGUAGUUACAAAGUAUACAAAAAAUAAUAUACAAAAAAUAAUAAGCCGAAUGAUUUAUUGGUGUGGAUGAUGCGUAUCCAUACUUCUGGCAUGAUCCUAAAAUACAUUGACAUCUCUUCUGAUAUAGAAGAUAAACAUUUAUUGAUUCUUUUUAUUUGUUGGUUAGCUUUGUGUGUGUGUUUCUUUAACAACAAAAAAAAAUCAUUCUAUUACUUAAACAAAAAAUGGUUCGAGAAAGUAAACCGAAAUAUAAUAACCAACAAAACAAUUUUUUUCUAUGAGAAGAUCGUACAAUUCUAGUUAAAAAAUUAACAAAUGCGGUUGACAAAAAAAAAUCAACAAAUGCAUUAUUUCCCUUUGGUUGGUUGUGUUUUAGGGACACUUGACACAUAUUUUUGUAUAUAAAAAAACACGGGAAAAUAUGCAUUUUAUUUCUGAACUAUUUAAAAUCAGCACAUUUAAUACCCAAGUAUUGCUUGCGUAAAAUUAUUUCCGAAUUAAUCGUUGACUGCAUAAAAUUAGACAUGAAAUAGUCAACCAUUAAAGUACAGUUCACUGUUUCAAACCCAAUUUUGCACAUUUAACGAUUAGUUUGGGAAUAAUUUGCGCAAGCAGUACUUGGAUAUUAAAACUGUCGAUUUCAAAUAGUUGGGGAAUAAAAAAAUUAUAUUUUUUUAUUAUGAGUUUCUAAAUCAAAAUAUCAAUCAAUUACUUAAAAUUUGAGUUAAGAAAAUUUAUCAAGAUGAAUAUAAAUUUGUAUUUAUCCUGCAUACAAUUUUUCAAUGUGUAUAAGCUUUUAUUAUAUAUGAUCUAGAUGUUACUAUAUUUUUAUUUGUAAAAGCUUAUACACAUUAUAAAAUAUAUAUACUGAUCAUAAUAAACUACUAUAUAGAGAUUGUUAUAAAAAAACUAUUUUUUUUAAUAAGUUUGUAAGAUCAUCGAUAUAUAUUUUUAUACUGAUUUAUAUAAGUUUCAAUCAAAAAAAAAAUAUAUAUAUAUAUAUAUAUAUUUUAAAGUUCGAGUUAAUAAAAUUUAUCAAAUUGGAUGAACCCAGUAUAUCCUUGUAAUAUUCAUUUUUGGAUACAUAUUUGUAAUAUUUAGUUACGUAAUCUAGAGUUAAAACCGUCAAAUAAAGUUUGCAUUGAUAUAUAGCUUAUGUACAAUAUACAUUUAUCUAAAACAAUGAUCCAAAACGAUAUAUCGAUGAUCAUAAAUUACAAGAAUGUUAUAUCUAACACUGGUAAUACUAAAUGUGUUGCAAUAUUUAUAUAUUACACAAAUCAUUUUAACUUGAUUUUUAAGAAAUUGAUUGAUAUUUUAAUUUAGAAACUCAUAAUAAAAAUAUAGUUUUUUGUUCUCUAACUAUUUGAAAUCGAUACAUUUGAUACUUAAUAUUAUUUGCACAAAAUUAUUCUCAAACUAAUUGUUGACUUUGCAGAAUUGGGUUUGAAAUAGUCAACCGUUAAAAAUGGGACCGAAGCCGUUAAUUUUUCGUUUAUACUUUAACAGUUGACUAUUUUAUGUCCAAUUUUGCGCAAUCAACAAUUAGUUCGGAAAUAAUUUUGCGCAAACAAUACUUGGAUAUUAAAUGUGCUGAUUUCAAAUAGUUAGGGAAUAAAAUGCUCAUUUUCCCAAAAAACACCAAAGAUUACAUGAGCUCUGCUUAGUGAUAUAAUAGUAAAAAAAAUUGUUGAGAUGUCUUGAACUUGGUAAGAAGACAUGGUAGCAUUAGUUAGUUGGAGAUGUUGUUAGAUAUAUAUCUUUAGUGUUAUGGUUUUCGAUUCUAGAUACUCUUAUAUAUUUUGUGUGUGUAUAGUCAUAAUGUAAUAUAAAUUAUAUUUUCAAUUUCUGAUUAAUAAAAAAAUUCUUUGUCGUAGAUAAAACCAAUUUGGUGAAUCACAUUAAUUUUUUUUUUUACGGUGAAUCACAUUAAAUCUCUUUGUCAUUUACUUUUUUUGUGUUUUAAUCUGUUUCCACAUCUUUCUCACACAUUUUUUUUAUAAUAAAUCAUUAAAAAUAGGGAUUUCAACCUUUAAGAUCUUGAUCUUGAAUAUUUGAAAUCAUGAUUGAUCCCACAAUUAUCAUAAUUAUGACAAAUAAAUCUUUUUGUUUUUGUUGAAACAAACAAAUUCAUAUUUUUAUGAAUUUUCUUCUAGUGAUAUAUUUGAAUUGCAUUUUCUUUGCUUCAGGUCUAUCAAUGAUUCAUAAGACACAACUAUUUGAUGGACUUCAUAUUUGUUAGUGGCAUGAUCCCAAAACCAUUUACAUCUCUUAUGAUUAGAAGGCUGUAGGGGGCGUGGGGUGUUGAAUCUCAAUUCGGUGUGUUCGAUGAAAACACGAAUGUAAUGGUGGGAUAUUUGAAAAACGUUUUUUUGAGAGAUCAAAUGUUAACAACACAGGAAAAUAUGAUGAAGUUGUAAGAGAACUAUGAAUUCGGCAAGAAUAAAGUAAAUCUAUGAAAAUCCAAUUCUUGUGCCAAAUUAUGUGUUAUUGUGAAUAUCUCAUCUUUUGUGUGAGUUCCUCUCUAUUUAUAAUUAAACUUACCGAAUUAUUUUUUUUCCUAAUCCGACUUGGCUUUCCUCAUCCGUAUUUUCUCUUAAUUGAGCCGAGUUUGGUUACAUAUUGUUGAGCAUUGUCGAGGGACAUAGUCCAUCACCAACAAUAAGCCACUCAGUUUAUUGGGUAGAGAAAUUGUUGAUCUUGAUGAAUUACCAAAACGAGUCCAAAAAGUAAACGAACUCAUGCAAUGUGUGUCCUCCAAAUUUUGUUAAGUUGUAAAAGGUUCACUAUUUACAAGAAAAUGGCACGAAAGACAAGCAGACGAGGAGUCUCAAAGUUUCUAUGGACGAUAAUUCCACUUUUCAGAGCAAAUUGGAGGUCUUGUUUAGUGGAUAAAAAAUUGGUAUGCUAAAACCAACAAUAACCAAAAAUUCUGAUAAAUAGUUUGCAGUAAACCAAUAAGGACCUUUGGAAAAGCCGAGAUGGCAACCACCGUCAAUGUUUGAAAGAUAAGAUCCAAGAUUUUUACUCUUAGUAUCCAUUCUUGGUAAUUCAUUGAGAUAUACUUUGUUUCUCACAAUAAACCGGGGGAGGAGCUUAUUUUUGGAAAUUAAUUAUAUCCCUCGACAAGGUAUGUCAAGUAAACUGAACUCAGUUCACCUGAUAGAAAAACGAUCAUAUGAGAUAACUUGGAGGAAAAAGAAAAGAAGUUGACAUAAAUAGGAAAUACCUAAGCUCGAAGAGAAUAUAUAUUUGAUAAUCUCAAAAAUCGGCGCAAGAAUUAGAAUUUACAUAGUUUCACUAUUUUGUCGAGUUCAUAACUUUUUACGAGUUUUUAUUAUUUUCUCUUGUAAUCAACAUUCAAUCUCCCAAUAAACGUAUUUCGAAUAAUUCACCAUCGAACUCGUGCAUAUUUCCUGUAUACGCUGAAUCCAUAUUAGAAUAUUUCUCAGUGUUACCUGUAUUUAAAUGGUCCUAUAUUAACAUGUUUUAAGUAAUUAUAGAAUGGGUGUUUCAGCAAAGCUCCUUCCGUUAUCAUGAACCUCGUGUUUACUUGUUUCAUAUGGUCUCAUCUCUCUUCAAUGCUCAACCAGUUCUCCGGAUUAACUGAGUCUAAAGACCAUUCCACGUAAACAUCCAUAAAACGCUCUCGAACAAUUAAGGCAUAUAUAUACUCCGGAUGUUAAUAGGUUAGUUAGUUAGUUAGUGUAAGCACGGCCUUUUCUUAGAUCUUAAAGUGUAUACAAUAAAGGAUGCUAUAUUAUUCUUUAUUACUUAAAAAAAAACAAUGGUAUCUAAUGUGUACUUAUUCAAAGAUUAUCUGUAUUUUUAAAUAAGUUGAUUUGCCAAAACACGAAGAAAAAUUAAUUAUUAUAUUUCCAUGUUUAGGAAAGUAAAUAAAGCAAAAAAGAAAAAAAAGAAUAUUGAAGACAUGUAUCAUAGUCCUUCGAAAAGCUAAACAGAUCCUUUGGGUCCGUCCUCCUCUCUUAUCUUUUUUUUUUUCUUGUUAAAUCGGACAUCCUCAAUCUCUGUCUCAAAUUCGACAAUAGCUGUAUCAUCUUCUUGCUCUCUCGAAUUACAGGAAAACAAAACCCUAGUUUUCUCUCUCCAAAUGAUAACCUAGCUCUCUCUCUCUCUCUUUUCUUCUUUCGCAUGUGCAAAGCUAUCAACAUCUGUUUUGAUUGAAAGCUAAGUUUCCAAUUCCGAAAAAAAAACAGAAGAGAUUGAAAGUGUGUAUGUCAAGACAAGCCACCAAACUACAAAGAAACACACACAAACACACACACCGUGUUGUUCCUUAAAGACCCAGCAACCAGAUAAUCUCUCCUCCUCUUCUUCCUCCUGACAUUGUCCUCCCUUUUGUUUUCUGGUGAUUUGGGGGUUAUUGUUUCACCCUUUACUGCAAUGUGGGCUCGCAUUUGGUGAAGCCGCUCAUUAUUUCUUAGGGAUUGUAUUCUCUGGUAAAGCCUUUUAAAAGAAGAGCUCUCUCAAUGGCUUUGUUUAGAAAGUUCUUCUACAAAAAGCCUCCUGAAGGGUUAGUGGAGAUCUCCGAGAGGGUUUACGUCUUUGAUUGCUGCUUAACCACGGAUAUGCUGGAAGAAGAGGAGUACAGAGUCUACGUGGGACGCAUAAUGAGCCAGCUGAGAGAACAGUUCCCUGGUGCGUCCUUCAUGGUGUUUAACUUCCGUGACGGAGGAGAGAGCACAAGCCUGAUGGAGAGUGUGCUCUCCGAGCACGACAUGACCACCAUCAUGGACUACCCUCGUCACUACGAAGGCUGCCCUUUGCUUACUAUGGAAACGGUUCACCACUUUCUUAAAUCAAGCGAGAAUUGGUUGUUGUUGAGUCCACAGAACAUCUUGCUCGCACACUGUGAGCGCGGCGGCUGGCCUGUUUUGGCCUUUAUGCUCGCUUCCCUCUUGCUGUACCGCAAACAGUUUAGUGGAGAAGAGAAAACACUUGAGAUGAUGUAUAAGUAUGCUCCUCGCGAGCUGUUGCAGCUUAUGUCUCCGCUGAAUCCUCUCCCUUCACAGCUGAGGUUUCUUCGGUAUGUUUCGAGUAGGAGCGUUGGCGGCCACUCGCAGUGGCCGCCGCUAGACCGGGCGGUUACGUUGGACUGUAUCAAUCUUAAGCUGGUUCCUGACUUUGAUGGUGAGGGUGGGUGCCGGCCGAUAUUUAGAAUAUAUGGUCAAGAUCCGUUUAUGGCUUCUGACCGGACUUCGAAAGUGCUUUUCUCCAUGCCUAAAAGAAGCAAAGCUGUUAAGCAUUAUAAGCAGGCAGAUUGUGAGGUGGUGAAGAUUGACAUUAAUUGCCAUAUUCUCGGUGAUGUGGUGCUUGAGUGCAUUACUUUGGAUAGUGAUCAUGAGAGGGAAGAGAUGAUGUUUCGUGUUGUGUUCAAUACUGCGUUUCUUAGAUCGAACGCUCUUCUACUUAACCGUGAUGACAUUGAUGUACUGUGGAACACAACGGAUCGGUUUCCCAAAGGUUUCAGAGCUGAGGUUAUAUUUUCGGAGAUGGGCGCUGGUAACAAUCACGUCUCUGUUGAUUUAACGGAUAUGGAGGAGAAUGAUGGUUUACCUAUGGAAGCGUUUGCUAAGGUUCAGGAGAUUUUUAGUGAUGGAGAAUGGUUGGAUCCAAACUCUGAUGUUGCUGUCACUGUUUUUAACCAAAUAACAGCGGCAAACAUCCUUCAAGAGAGCUUGGAUUCAGGUUCCCCUCGAAGCCCUGAUUCACGUAGCUUACUUGAAUCGGCGCUUGAGAAGGUUAGGGAGAAGACCAAGCUGAUGAUAUCGGAGAACGUUGCUGUGAGUCCUGAUGCAUUCUCUCCGGUGUGGAGAGAGAGAGACUCAGAUUCUUGUCAUAGAUCUUAUGCAGAUCCGAACUCACUCAUUAAGAAGGUGGAUGAACCGCAGGGACUUCGUGUUUCUGUGCAAAGACAAGCUCACUCGAAGAUAAUCUCACCGAGAUUGCUUCAAAGUUCGGUGACAUCACCAGUUUUGAAUCGUAGCCCCACACAAGGGUCAUCGCCUGCUUCGGUAUCCAGGUUUCACAGCUCCCCGUCUAGCCUUGGGAUCACUUCGAUAUUACACGAUCAUGGUCCAGGUAAAGGUGAAGAGGCUACUUCUUCAUCAUCACCUUCCAUCACGUUUCAACCAGCUUUGCAUCCACUGAUACUUAAAGCUUCUCCUUCAAAUGGCUCUCCCCCAGCAGAAGCAGUUGUGAAGCCACCAACGUUGCCACUGUUGAAGCCACUUAAGAUUUUGUCUCCUCCUCCUCCUCCUCCACCCCCACCACCUCCUGCAUCCUCCUCCUCUCUGCGUUCCACAGCAACACAAGGGCCACCUCCACCACCUCCGCCUCCGCCUCCACCUCAACGUUCUGCACAGCCAUUUUUUCCUUCGCCACCACCGUUACCACCUCCAAAGAAAGUGGUAACCACAUCUAACGCUCCACCUCCUCCACCACCACCUUUGCGUUCUAAACCUCUUUCCGGAGCUGCAGCCCCUCCCGUUCCUCCUCCACCAGCCCCUUCAGCUCUGUCUCGUUCUCAAAACGGUGGUUGCAAUGGAAACGUUCCUCCAGUCCCUGGACCACCAUUGGGUUUAAAGGGGCGGGGGAUGUUACAGACGAGUCUUAAAGGUCAGGGUCAAACGAGAAAGGCCAACUUGAAACCGUAUCAUUGGUUGAAGCUUACUAGGGCAUUGCAAGGAAGUUUAUGGGCUGAGGCGCAGCAGACACCUGAUGAAGCUGCUACUGCUCCAGAGUUCGACAUCUCUGAGCUUGAGAAACUCUUCUCAGCAGCGAUUCCUAGUUCUGACAAUGAAACGAAAGGUGGGAAGUCAGGUCGACGUGGCCGGCCUAAAGUUCAGAAAGUCCAGCUGAUUGAGCUCAGACGAGCAUACAACUGUGAGAUCAUGCUCUCUAAAGUUAAAAUACCUUUGCCUGAUUUAAUGAGUUCUGUUCUUGCAUUGGAUGAGUCGGUGAUAGAUGUUGAUCAAGUUGACAAUUUAAUCAAGUUUUGUCCAACAAAAGAAGAAGCAGAAUUGCUCAAGGGCUACACUGGAAAUAAGGAAAAUUUGGGACGGUGUGAGCAGUUCUUUUUAGAAUUGCUGAAAGUUCCUCGAGUGGAGACCAAGCUAAGGGUUUUCUCGUACAAGAUCCAGUUCCAUUCCCAGGUUACUGAUCUUAGAAGAGGUUUGAAUAUCAUACAUCAAGCAGCCAACGAGGUUAGAGGCUCGGCUAAACUAAAAAGAAUCAUGCAAACUAUACUUUCCUUGGGCAAUGCCUUGAACCACGGGACUGCAAGGGGCUCGGCUAUCGGAUUUCGCUUGGAUAGUCUUCUGAAACUCACUGACACUAGAUCCCGCAACAGUAAGAUGACUCUGAUGCACUAUCUCUGUAAGGUGCUCGCCGAAAAACUUCCUGAGUUACUUGAUUUUCCAAAAGACCUGGUGAGCUUGGAGGCUGCAACAAAGAUUCAACUAAAAUAUCUAGCAGAGGAGAUGCAAGCGAUUAGGAAAGGGUUGGAGAAAGUUGUACUAGAAUUCACUACAUCUGAAACUGAUGGUCCAGUAUCAAAACACUUUCGUAUGAACUUGAAAGAGUUUCUUAGUUUUGCCGAAGGAGAAGUUAGGUCCUUGGCUUCUCUUUAUUCAACUGUGGGUGGAAGUGCCGAUGCUUUGGCGUUAUAUUUCGGAGAGGAUCCAGCUCGUGUCCCAUUUGAACAAGUUGUAUCCACCCUGCAAAACUUUGUUAGAAUAUUUGUACGGUCGCACGAGGAAAACUGCAAGCAAGUCGAGUUUGAAAAGAGAAGAGUGCAGAAAGAAGCAGAGAACGAGAAACUUAAGAAAGGUGUGUGCAGUGAGAACUGAUACACAAUGUCCGAACACAAAAAAAGGUUCAUGUUCUCUACUCGCUCGACCUCCUUGAGUUGUGCCUUUGGCAGUCCUGGGAACCCAGAAACUACAUGUUCCGGCUCCUACCAUUCUUUGACGUAGAGUUAGAGAACUUUCCAUUUAGUAGCUCAUCAUCAGACAAGACAGUGGCGUUGGAAUCAGUCUUUUAGCUUAGGAGAGGAAACUUUGUUCCAAUCAUAGGUUUACAAAAGCAGAUGGAAUCUGGCGUUAUCUACUGAAGAAGACAUGAAGAUUCAGCUCUGUGAUAUGAUGGAAAUAGUAUUAGAUAGACUUAAGCAGUAGCUGUUGAGUUCUUCCCUGCUUUAAUGCAGAAAAUGUUAUAACUUUUUUGUGUAUAAGUUUUGGGAGGAAGAAAGGGGAUGUGUAAAUAUUGAGUGUGUUUUGUGUGUGUGUGUGUCUUAUCAACACUUGCAAUCUUACAUCCAAUGAAAUAUUUAGGCUUUUCCUA